UCGAUGGCUAUAACGAAGAAGAAACAAAGUCACAAGUUUAAUAUGGUUCACUCAUUUCCUCGUGCCAAUGAAAAUGAAAGGCAAGUAGCAAAAAAGUAUCCAUUAAAAAUAUACAUGAAAAUAUUACUGUCUUGUUGUCUAACACAAAAUAGAAAAAAGAUGUCCUACAAAAUUUAUUCAAGAUAGGAAUCACCCCCCAUUUUUGGCAAACUAUCACUCUCCCUUAGAUUUUGUGAUUUUCAGCAGAAUCUAAACACAUAGCACAUCGAAUUCAAGUUGAUGUGUACGUUCAUCCAAUUGGGCACUUCAUUUUCUUUUGAAUUAUGUGAAAUGAAAAUAAAUAUAAUUUCUCUUGAGUCUAUAUAUAUUCAUGUUCAUUUUUCAUUUCCUAUACUCAUCAUUAGUCUCAUCAAAAUCUGGAGAAAGAGUUUCUAUAUCCAGACGUGAAAAAGUUGCGAUAUCGAUAUCUUCUAAAAAGAAAAAUCGAAUGACAUCGCUUGAAAACUUUACAUCCAAGUUAACAGCACUUGUUGUAGAUGACACUGAAAUCAUUCGAAAAAUUCAUCAAAAGAUGUUGAAUAGUUUAGGAGUGAAAAGUGAAGGUGCGAAAAAUGGAAAAGAAGCACUUGAAAUUCAUAGCUAUGGCAAAAAAUUUGACCUAAUUCUCAUGGAUAAAGAUAUGCCUAUCAUGAAUGGUCUUGAGGCAACAAAGGCACUUCGUGCAAUGGGAAUUUGUAGCACUAUUGUUGGAGUGUCAUCACAUUCAAUGGAAGAGGAAAUAGUCAAGUUUAUGGAAGCAGGACUAGAUGAGUAUCAAGAGAAGCCUUUGAACAAAGUGAAACUCAAUUCUAUUCUUGACAAGAUCAAACACAAUCUCAUGUCCAAUUGAAAAUCCAACCCUACUAUGUGAUGGAUGCAAGUAAUUGAAGAAUAUGUAGUAUUUGUAUUUCUUUCCAAUUUCCUUGUAUUCUUUUUCAUUUGGAUCGUU